GAAAAAAGAAGUAGCGUCGACUUGAAGCCACCACCGUCAUUUUCUCUCUGUUCCCGGAGAAUAAAACCGGAAAUAUUCUCCAGAAUAUGCCUUUUCCCUCCUCCGCAUAUUCUUCCCCUUCCAACUUAUAUUCCUCCUUCCUCUCCCGUACUCCUCCUCCUCCCCCUUCUCCUCCUCCGCAUCAUCUUCUUUCAACGAAUCGAGACUCAUUCAACAAGAAUCAUGAAAUUCGGAAAGAGCUUAAGCAAUCAAAUCGAGGAAACUCUGCCCGAAUGGAGAGACAAGUUCCUGUCCUACAAAGAACUCAAAAAGCGGUUGAAGCUUAUUAAACCUCAAGACAAAUCCGGUGAUGACUGCAACAGACCAGCUAAGAGGACCAGGAUUUCAUGCGAAGACUGUUCGAUUGCUGGUGGUGUAGAGAUGUCGAGCGAAGAAGUUGAUUUCCUUGAGUUGCUGGAACAGGAAGUCGAGAAAUUCAAUUCCUUCUUUGUUGAGAAAGAAGAAGAGUAUAUCAUCAAAUUGAAGGAAUUACAAGAUAGUUUAAUGAAAUCCCAAGAUUCACACGAAGAGAUGAUCAAAAUCCGAAAAGAAAUAGUCGAUUUUCACGGAGAGAUGGUUUUAUUAGAAAACUAUAGCGCACUUAACUACACAGGAAUAGUCAAAAUACUGAAAAAGUACGAUAAAAGAACAGGCGCACUCUUACGUUUACCUUUCAUUCAAAAAGUCCUGCAACAACCAUUUUUCACAACCGACUUGCUUUACAAGCUAGUGAAGGAAUGUGAGGCGAUGCUCGACCGCCACUUCCCACUAAUCGAAUCGCCAGUUCCAUCUGCUGAUGGAACUGGCGAUGACAACACUGGUGGUAAUGAGCCUACCACCAGUGUUGCGGCCAGUGAAGGGCCGUUGAAAGCUAAAGAGCUUGCUGAGCUUGAGUACAUGAAGAGUUUGUACACAAAGAGUACUAUUUCGGCUUUGAGGGCGUUAAAGGAAAUUCGCAGUAAAAGUUCUACGGUUAGUGUGUUUUCAUUGCCGCCUUUGCAAGUUAGUGGGAUAGAUGAAACUUGGAGUAAAGUUCCUUUUCAUGAGCAACUAGCAAAAUAAAGAUAAUAUUGUUUGUUGUUUUGAACAUGGAAUGUGUUUUACAUGUUUUACCUUUUAAUGUGCCAAUUGUGAUUUGUGGUUAGAUGCUAACAACUAUGGUUGUAAAAUAUAAUAGAUAAUGAUAU